AUGAAACAUCCACAAAAACUAGCAGUUGAACUAGAUGAACAAUCAUUAACAUACUGUGAACUGUUGUAUUAUGUUCAAGUCUUAUCUUUCAGUCUUCUUAAUGAAUAUCUUAUCACUCCAGGUGAGGUCGUGUGUCAAUGUGUUGAGAGAAGUUUAUCGAUGGUGAUUGGUAUAAUGGCAAUUGAAAUGGUUGGUGGUAUUUAUUGUCCAUUAUCACCUCGGGAUCCACAACAUCGUGUACAGGCUCUUGUAAAACAAAGUCAAAGUCAUCUUGUUCUUGUUCAUUAUUUAACUAAGAUCAAAUUUGAUCACGACAUUGUUUCACUUGAUAUUGAUUCAAUAUUGAUUGUUAAUAAUAUGAAAAGAAAUAUUGAUAUUGAUGAAUUAUCAAGUAUAAAAGUGACACUGGAUGAUCUAGCUUAUAUCAUUUUCACAAGUGGCUCGACUGGAAUACCUAAAGCAGUUCAAGUACGACACACGAAUUUUAUUGAAUUUAUGUAUUCGUUAAUUUAUGGCCAUGUAGUGAAUGCGAAAGAUACAAUUCUUCAAAUCGCACGUUGUUCUUAUGAUGCUCAUGUUCAAGAUAUAAUGGGCACCUUUAUGAUGGGAAGUAGUCUAAUUAUGCUACAUCCAAGGGGAAUUAUGGACUUUGACUGUCUUGCUAGUGUUUUCAAAGAAAAGAAUAUUACUUGUAUUACUACUGUUCCAACUAUAAUUCAAAAUUUCUUCACUUAUCUGCAGCAACAAAAUUAUCGUACUGUUACACAAUAUCUGCGAUCAGUUUGUAGUGCUGGUGAACCUUGCUCUUUGAAACUAAUAAAUAUAAUAUCAAAUACUGUAACCCAUAGUUGUCGACUAUGGAACAUAUAUGGUCCUGCUGAAACAACAAUUGCUUGCACGUUUUAUCUUUUCGAUAAUACAAUGAAGACUAAAAGCUUUCCAAUAGGCAGACCACUUUCAAAUUAUCAAAAUCUAACUUUAGAUCAAUUCUCACAAAGUGUGUUUAUCGAUCAAGAAGGUGAACUGUGCGUAGGUGGAGUGGGUGUUUUUGCUGGUUAUCUUGGACGUGAUGAUUUAACUGCGAAAGCUCUUCUUGAAAUAGAUGGUCAGCUAUUCUAUCGAACAGGUGAUCUUGUUACAAUGGAUGACAAUGGUCUUCUUCAUUAUCAAGGAAGAAAAGAUCAUCAAAUCAAACUUCAUGGACAACGAAUCGAACUUGGUGAAAUCGAACGAUGUUUACUUAACAUUUCAUCUAUCUCUGCUUGUGUUGUCAUGAAAUGGAAUGAUGACUAUUUAGUUGCAUAUGUUCAAUCUUCUCAUGUGAAUGAAGAACAACUACGUCAACAUUGUCAAUCUCAUCUUCCACCACAUAUGAUUCCAUCCAUAUUUGUUAUACUCGAUAAACUACCUCUGAAUCAAAAUGGAAAAAUAGAUCGAAAACUUCUUCCACCACCUAAUUUUUCGUCAAUGCAUCUCACAAAUCAUGAAGAACUAUUGUUACAAAUGAAUGAAACUGAAAUCAUUAUUCAUCAUAUUUGGUGUGACAUAUUAAAACAAAAACAAAUCUUAGUUGAUACAAACCUCUUCAGUAUCGGUGGUCAUUCAUUAAUCAUUAUGCAACUGUUUCAUCGAUACAAAACUCAAUUUCAUCUCAAAACCAAUUCUCUUUCUAUUGGUAGUCUAUUUCAACAUCCAACAAUUGUGGAUCAUGCUCAGCUCAUCUAUCAUACUAUGAAUGUGACGCAGCAUAUUAAUGAUCAUCAUUGGUCUUCAUUACAUAUCAUAAAAGCAAAAGCAUCAUUUGCACAAGAACGAAUCUAUUUGGAUGAACAAAUUCGUUUCUCAUCUUCAAACAAUAGCAACAUGUAUGCUAUUCCAAUGAUUUAUCGCAUCUCAUGUAUAAAUGAUAAUUUAUCAAUUUCACGACUACAACAUGCAUUUCAAUUUGUCAUUUUGAAACAUCAAGCUCUUCGAACAGCACUUUAUCUUGAUAUGAAUGGCGUUAUUGUGCAAAAUUGUUUAGAGGCAAAUACUCUUAUUAAUGAUAAGAAAUCAUCUGAGUUUUCCAUGAUUAAUCUUGGUGAAGAUGGUAAUGAAAAGAACGAAAUCAUGAAGGAAAUUUUAAAUCAAUCAGAUUUAUUUGAUUUAUCCAAAGGACAUGUU